GGCACUACCCGCGCCCUCCAUCUAUAUCACAGGCCCCACUGCCACCGCCAUCGCCGCCAUAACCGCCACCGCCGCACACCAUACCUCAACUUCUUAACCGACCCAACCAUUAUUCUCCAAGAUCCAUCAACAACUACGCUGAGCAGAGAAACAACCUCGGCGGGGGCAGUUAUAUAUGGCUUCCCCUGGCAAUCCCAAUCCCCCCGCCGGCGCCUCAUUCGACAUGCACAACUUCUACACAGCCUCCAUUAAUCCUCCGAUCUUCGACACUAACGCCGCCACUACCUCUCUCUCCCAAUCUCAUUUACUCCAAUCGCAGUCUCCAUCUCCUUCCGCCUCCUCUCCUCCGCCGCCAACGUCGCAUUUCAGCUACUUCCACGACUUCGCCCCGCAUUUCAAUCUUCCGCCGCCUCACCAUGACUUCGGCGGCGCGCAUCCGCUGAUGUCGAUGUCGUAUUCUCCGACGUCGCCGGCCGAAUUCUGUAACAUUCCCAAUUGGAAUAACCCUAACCGCCACGGUGCUCAUCUGAUGGCGUUGUUGAACCCCCCGCCUACCCCUGAAACCCAUAACCAAAUCCAACCCACAGCCACAGCCCAUGAUUUACUCAUUCGAAAAACUGAAACGGGGAUGCCGAGCAGUAAGGUUCCUAAAGGACGACGCCUAAUUGGUGAUCGUUUGGCUUACGACAUAGACGUUAGGUUGCCCGGCGAGGUGCAGCCUCAACUUAAGGUUUCUCCAAUUACAAAAUAUAACUCUGAUCCUAAGCUCGUUCUGGGAAGGCAAAUUGCAGCUUCUAAGUUGUAUAUAUGCUAUGGACUGAGGAAUGGUGCCAUUCGGGUGAUUAAUCUCCAUACUGGUUCGAAGUCAUUGCUUAAGGGUGAAUUUGCUCAGAAGGUCACAGACAUGGCUUUCUUUGCUGAGGAUGUUCAUCUUUUGGCUAGUGUGGGUUUGGAUGGUCAUGUCUGUGUGUGGAAAAUUAUUGAAUAUCAAGAGAACGAGGUCGAGAGUCGAAUUACUGGAAGGAUGGUAGUUGCAAUUCAAAUUAAUGCCGAAAGGAAACCUAUUCACCCUAGAGUUUGUUGGCAUUGCCAAAAACAAGAAGUUCUUGUCGUUGGGAUUGGCAGACAUGUUCUGAAGAUUGAUACUACAAAGGUCGGUGGAGGUGAAGCAUGUCGGGUCGAAAAGUUGAUCACAGGGGUCAAGCUUGUUGGAAGCCAUAAUGGAGAAGUGACCGACUUGUCCAUGUGCCAGUCAGCUUUCUUGGUAUCUGCUUCAGUAGAUGGCACGGUAAAGGUUUGGGAUGAUAAGAAAUUGCAACCAAUUGUAGUUCUACAGCCUCAUAAUGGUCAUCCUGUUAACACUGCUACAUUUUUGGCUGCACCUAAUAAGCCAGAUCACUUCGUACUAGUUACUGGGGGGCCACUGAAUAGGGAAGUCAAGAUUUGGGUAUCUCCCAAUAAUGGCACAAUGUGGCAUUGCACUCAGAUGUUGGAAUUAAUGUGUUCAGAGACUCCGGUCGAAGAAGCUUUCUUCAAUCAAGCUACUGCUUUGCCACUGGCUGGUCUCCUUGUGUUAGCAAAUGCCAAAAGGAAGGCCAUGUAUGUUGUGCACUUGGAAUAUGGUCCUAGCGCAAUAUUGACCCAAAUGGAUUACAUAGCUGAAUUUUCUGUGACUAUGCCGAUACUGAGUGUUACUGGGACAAGUGAAAUACUGCAAAAUGGUGAGCACAAUGUUAAGAUAUUCUGUGUUCAAACUCAGGCUAUUCAACAGCAUGAUCUAUUCUUAACACAGUGUCUUCCACCUCCAAUGGAAAAUAUCAAGGAUGAUCAUUCAGAGCCAAGUGCCAAAGAACUUGGUGAUAUAGACCAUUCUAGCAAUAAAAAAGUGGGGGCAUUUGAAGCUAGUUCCUUGCCGGAAGCAUCUGUUCAGGAGAACAGUUUGCAUACAAUGACAUGUCCGGGUAUUGAUGCUGCUCCUGAGUUAGUUAAUCAAAGCUCUAUCUCUUCUCCUACUGCUCCUUCACCACUCCCUUUAAUCCCCAAGUUCUCAGAAAUGCCUUCUUCUUUUAGAAGCCCAUUAAGCAGCUUGGAUCAUGGUUUAUCGGCUAGAGUCCUUAGUUCAGGAAUUAUAUUUGGUGAUCUUUCGAUUGACAGUCAAGGCAAUGUUGAUAGAAACUUCUCUGAGGGGGCUUCAUUUGAUACUCAUUCAAGGAACAACAAUACGAAGGUUUCUGAAGAUGAUUUCAAGAAUGCUGCUCAUUUGGUCACUCCUGCUGAAAUAUUGAUGGCCAAUCCGGUAUCUGACGUAAAACACGUCGCUGAACCACCUACAGGUGAUGCUGAACGAAAAAGUCAAGAUACAGUAAAUAGCAAUGAGUCAAGGAAUAUUGAUGUGGAGGAGAAAAUUGUUGAUGAAUCAGGAGUUAAACCGAAGGAUGAUGUUGAGUCUCGAAGCCCAAAAUUAUCCAGUUUCUUGGAAGGAGCUGAUAUCAAGAUUGAUUUUUCUCGAACACUUAAUUCAUUAUCCUGGGAUUCAGGGCAAACCAGUAUCGUCAAGGACACUAGUCAGUUUAAUGAAACUGAUGAGACUCAAACGAUUGGUCGACAGCUAACUGCAGACGAAGCUCCUCAAUCUGUGAACGAUGAUGUAUCGAGGAAGCAGAAUGAAAAAGGGGCUCAAGAACUAUCUUCACCACUACCUCAACCUUCAGACAAGUCUAAUGAACCAUGUGUUAGCACUAAUGCUCCAGCAGAAAGUGCAUUUGCACCACAAAUGUUAUCAAUGCAAGAAUCGCUGAAUCAGCUUGUGGCUAUGCAAAAAGAAAUGCAGAAGCAGAUGGCAGGCAUGGUUGCCAACCCAGUUACCAAAGAAGUUAAAAGACUCGAGGCGACCUUGGGACGUAAUGUGGAGAAAAUGAUCAAAUCAUAUGCCGAUGCACUGUCGCUUCGUUUUCAAGAAGAGAGUACGAAACAGAACAAGGCAAUGCGAGAGUGUGUGGAUCAUUUAACAAAUAUGAUCAAAAAUUGCUCAAACAAAGAUAUAUGCUUAGGUAUAGAGAAGGCCAUAAAGAAAGAAAUGACGUCGUUGGGGAAAUCUGUAGCACAGGAAGUUACUACUUCCAUUGAGAAAACAAUAUCCGCUUCUAUUGCAGAGAGCUUCCAGAGAGGGGUAGGUGAUAAAGCUGUCAAUCAACUUGAAAAAUCUGUAAGCUCCAAACUUGAAGUCACAGUUGCUCGGCAGAUUCAAGUGCAGUUUCAAACCUCUGGCAAGCAAGCUCUUCAGGAAACUCUGAAGUCGAGCCUGGAAGCAUCCGUGAUUCCUGCAUUUGAAAAGUCAUGCAGGUCCAUGUUUGAGCAGGUUGACGCCACAUUUCACAAAGGAAUCGCCGAUCAUACAUCCGCAGCUCAGCAGCACUUUGGGGCUUCACAUGCUCCAUUAGCAGUUGCUCUACAGGAUGCUAUAAAUUCCGCAUCAUCAGUGACUCAAACUUUAAGCAGUGAGAUUCUCGAUGGUCAAAGAAAAUUGUUAGCACUUGCUGCUACCGGAACAAAUUCAACAAAUCCAUUGGUUAAUCAACUGAGUACUGAUCCUCUGGCCAUCCUCCUAGAAAAGGCGUCUGUAGAUCCGAAGAAAGAGCUCUCCCAACUGAUAACCGAGCAUAAAUACGAGGAAGCUUUCACCAUUGCUCUGCAAAGGAGCGACGUUGCUAUUGUAUCAUGGCUAUGCUCGCAGGUUGAUAUACCGGGGAUUUUGACGACGGAUCCUGUCGUUCUGAGCCAAGGCGUGCUUCUGUCGCUCCUGCAGCAGCUGGCGUGCGAUAUCAGCAACAGGACCUCCGAAAAACUCGGGUGGAUGAGAGACAUCCUAGCCGCCAUAAAUCCAACCGAUCCGGUGGUCAUCAUCCACGUGCAACCUAUCCUGGAGCAAGUGAAUCAAAUUCUGAAUCACCAUCGCAGCCUCCCCAGCACCACCAGCGUCGAACUGUCGAGCAUUCGGCUGAUCAUGCACGUCCUUAAUUCGAUGCUCAUGACCUCCAAAUGACCGGGAAAUCGACCACGGCAGCUCCAUCUCCAAGUUUGUACAAAUUUUUUUGGCUUAGGAAAUUCUCUAGAGCUGAAUCUCUUGCUGGUAUUUUUGUUUCCCUAACUUUGUAGGGAAAAAAAAAGAGUUUUUUUUGGAGCAAAAGCUGGGUUCUUUUUUGAUGCAAUUUUUGAAUAUAGGGCUGUGUUUACAUAAGAUU